UUUUAAAACGCUCGCAUCUGGCAUUUGAGCAUAGCCUUCGAGAAGUUCGAUCACUUUCUCUAUGUCUGUUUUUUUAUCUCUUUCUUUCUUACUCAAAAGGCUUUUAGUCUCUUCAAGCGAAGUACCAAUACCGAGAUUCCUUAAAAGAAAGCGGCUAAAUAUGAGGUCAAGUUUCAGUUGGCUCAGAUGACAGAGUUUUGCUGUAAGUGGAAUGACGAUGAAUCGUUGAAAGAUUUUAUUGGUUUUGAGGUGUGAUGCGGAAAUUAUCCAAAAUUUAUACAAAGCAUUAGAUGCUGUUUCAUUGUAAUUAAAGGGCCAGUAGACUGGUUUUUAAAUACAAGCAUCAGGGCAGCACAGAAAUCACAGCAUGUCCAGCAGAUUAUACUACCAACCAAUUCAAGAGGCUGAGCCUUACUGCUUGCCCCAGUUCCAAACUUCAGACCACCACCUCCGAUAUUGUGACAGCAACAAAGGAGCCCUCUUCUCCAUUCAGAAUUCUUAUGAACAAUACUGCACCCUGGAAUCAUCUUCAGGGAAUAGUAGUUACACUAUGUAUAACUCCCCAUCGACUAUCACUUUCUCAUCCAAUGGGAGCCCAAUGUCACAGCUAGAGUCUCAGUCAUGCCCCCUUGAUCUGCAUUAUUCCCCUGACAAUACCUAUGACUCUCCUAUGUGUAGAUCAUGCAUAACAAAUGAUGCAAUUGAUAUCAAGAAGAAGCUGAAAGAACUGGAAAUUGUAAUGUUGGGACCAGAUACUGACAGCAUUGAUAGUACCUUUCAAAAUGGCACCUACAUGGGCUCACUGGAGAUGGACGGUGGGAGAGAAAUACUGGGGGCUAUCUCACGAGGGGACUUGAAACAGGUCCUCAUUGCCUGUGCAAAAGCUGUUUCAGAUAAUGACUUGUUGAUAGCACAAUGGCUGAUGCAUGAAUCACGUAAAAUGGUGUCUGUUUCUGGUGAGCCAAUCCAGAGGCUGGGAGCAUAUGUGUUAGAGGGGCUUGUUGCCCGACUGAACUCCACCGGGAGUUCAAUCUAUAAAGCUUUGAGAUGCAAAGAACCAGCAAGUACUGAUCUUCUUUCCUACAUGCACAUUCUAUAUGAGGUUUGCCCCUACUUCAAAUUUGGUUACAUGUCUGCUAAUGGAGCCAUUGCAGAAGCUAUGAAGGAUGAAGACCGAGUUCAUAUAAUUGACUUUCAAAUAGCUCAGGGGAGUCAAUGGGUCACUCUGAUCCAGGCAUUUGCGGCUAGGCCAGGUGGACCACCCCACAUACGCAUUACAGGUAUUGACGAUAAUACUUCAGCUUAUGCACGUGGAGGAGGACUGAAUAUAGUAGGAAACAGGCUCUCUAGGCUUGCCAAGAAAUUUAAGGUGCCUUUUGAGUUUCAUGCUGCAGAUGUUUCUGGUUAUGAUGUUCAGCUAGAGCAUCUUGGAGUUCGACCUGGGGAUGCUGUGGCUGUGAAUUUUGCAUUCAUGCUGCACCACAUGCCUGAUGAAAGUGUGACCACUGAGAAUUAUCGUGACCGGCUGCUGAUGCUAGUUAAAAGGCUGUCCCCGAAGGUGGUCACCCUUGUUGAGCAGGAAUCCAACACAAAUACUGCUGCAUUCUACCCACGGUUCCUUGAGGCACUGAACUAUUAUUCAGCUAUGUUUGAAUCAAUUGAUGUGACCCUCCCAAGAGAUCACAAGGAGCGUAUCAAUGUUGAGCAGCAUUGUCUGGCAACGGACGUCGUCAACAUAAUAGCAUGUGAAGGACCUGAGAGGGUGGAACGUCAUGAACUUCUUGGAAAGUGGAGACUGCGGUUCACAAUGGCAGGGUUUCGGCCAUAUCCUUUAAGCUCUGUUGUUAACUCCACAAUUAAGAGGCUGCUAGAAAACUACUGUAAUAGAUAUAGGCUUCAAGAGAAAGAUGGGAUUCUGUUUCUCGGUUGGAUGAAUAGAGAUUUAAUUGCAUCUAGCGCAUGGCAUUAAAAACUAAAACCGUUUGAUGUUUUUGGUACCACGGCUGAAGCUGAGGUUUUUCUGUCUGCUAUUGGAGUUGCUAAUGGCUUUCUCAUAGAUAUGCCUGAGCUUUGUACUGUCUACAUAUUUUUCCAGCUACUCUUCAUCCAUUCCUUUCUUAUCUAUGAUAAUAUCGAAUUUCACCCUGAUUUAA